AUGUCGACGUGGGGUGAUUACUUCCGGGUCACCACUUACGGUGAAUCGCACUGCCGCUCCGUCGGCUGCAUCGUCGAUGGCUGCCCCCCAGGAAUGGAACUCACCGAGGACGACAUCCAGCCCCAGAUGACCCGGAGACGUCCCGGCCAGAGUGCUCUGACGACGCCUCGUAAUGAGAAGGACCGCGUUGAAAUCCAGUCCGGAACGGAGUUUGGAGUUACACUGGGAACUCCGAUUGGCAUGAUGGUGCGCAACGAGGACCAGAGACCCAAGGACUACGGCAACAGCACCAUGGACCUGUACCCCCGCCCCAGUCACGCCGACUUGACCUACCUCGAGAAGUACGGCGUCAAGGCCAGCAGCGGUGGUGGUCGCAGUAGUGCCCGUGAGACCAUUGGCCGUGUGGCUGCCGGUGCCAUCGCCGAAAAGUACCUGCGCCUCUCGCACGGCGUUGAGAUUGUCGCCUUCGUCUCCUCCGUUGGCAACGAGCACCUGUUCCCCCCUACUCCCGAGCACCCCACUGCCUCCACCAACCCCGAAUACCUCAACCUCCUCAAGACCAUCACCCGUACCACCGUCGACGAGUUCGCGCCCACCCGCUGCCCCAACGCCGAUGCCGCCGCGCGCAUGACCAAGGUGAUCGAGCAGUUCCGCGACAACCACGACAGCAUCGGCGGUACCGUCACCUGCGUGAUCCGCAACGUCCCCGUCGGUCUGGGUGAGCCCUGCUUCGACAAGCUCGAGGCCAAGCUCGCCCACGCCAUGCUCAGCAUCCCCGCCACCAAGGGCUUCGAGAUCGGCUCCGGCUUCGGAGGCUGCGAGGUCCCCGGCUCCAUCCACAACGACCCCUUCAUCGUCUCCGAUGUCCCUACCCAACUCGGCACCAACACCACCACGAAGCAGCGCCUUACCACCAAGACCAACAACUCCGGUGGUAUCCAGGGCGGUAUCUCCAACGGCGCCGACAUCUACUUCCGCAUCGCCUUCAAGCCCCCGGCCACCAUCGGCCAGGCCCAGAACACCGCCACCUACGACUUCGGCGAGGGUAUCCUCGAAGCCAAGGGCCGUCACGACCCCUGCGUCACCCCCCGCGCCGUCCCCAUUGUCGAGGCCAUGUCCGCGCUGGUCGUCAUGGACGCCCUGAUGGCUCAGUACUCCCGCGAGAGCGCCAAGUCUCUCCUGCCCCCGUUGCCCAAGACCCUGCCCACUCGUCCCACUCUGGGUACCAACGGCCACAGCGCUUAA